CACUCCGGGGCUUUGCCCGGGGCCCCCCCCCCGUGCUCGCUGUCCACGCGCCGUCCCGCGGAGGUGACCGUUGCUCUGUGUGCGCAGGAGAAGCGGAUUGCGCGUGUCACCUACCAGUGGUACCUGAUGGAGCGAGACAGGCGCCUCUCCGGGGUUAACGAGUAUUUCCGGACCAAGGGAUUGGAGAACAUUGACUAAGAAGCAGUUCACUGAGUGAAGAGUCCUAGUUCCUGUUCAAAGCAGUUUGGCUGCAGUAAACAUGCAUUUAUAUUUAUGCAAUGUGUUAUAUGUUGCACAUAAACCUACACAGUGAAA